GCCAGGAUGGGCAAAGCGGCGUAGUGGUGGUGCGCCGCCACUGAGCCAUCGUGCGAGGAAGAUUGAGACCGAACCGAGCAGGACUGAGAUUGAUCAAGCGAACCCCUUCACUUUCUUUUACCUCUUCCACAGCUUAUCCUUUUUGAAAUUUCAGUUUUUCUUUCUUUUCUGGUAAUUCUGUUUCUACUUUUCACUCUCAAUCUCUUUCUUUCCCUUUCUGUCUGUGUCCUUCUCACCCUCCCCACCACUUCAUGCUUUUCUAGGCUUGUACAAUGUCUCUGAAUCCGCCAAGCAGCAAUGACGCCUGCCUUAGCAUCGUGCACAGUCUAAUGUGCCACCGACAAGGUGGAGAGAAUGAGACCUUUGCCAAGCGAGCAAUUGAAAGUCUGGUCAAAAAGCUGAAAGAGAAGAAAGAUGAGCUGGACUCGUUGAUCACUGCCAUAACUACCAAUGGUGCUCAUCCAAGCAAGUGCGUCACCAUACAGAGGACGCUGGAUGGACGGCUGCAGGUAGCUGGCCGGAAAGGUUUUCCCCAUGUAAUUUAUGCCAGGUUGUGGAGAUGGCCAGACCUUCAUAAAAAUGAACUUAAGCAUGUAAAGUUUUGUCAAUUUGCCUUCGACCUGAAGUAUGACAACGUCUGUGUAAACCCUUACCACUACGAGAGGGUGGUGUCCCCAGGAAUUGCAGGACUCAGCCUUCAGAACACAGCUCCUCCUGCCCGUUUGAUUAAAGAAGAAUUCAUGCACGAUUGUGUCCAAUUAGAUAUGCCCACACAAGCUGACCACUCCAGUGGAAUGAAGCUGCCGCCACCUGACCCGUUUAGUCAACCUUUGCCGCCGUUGCAACUUCCUGAAACCUCAAGACCCCCACUUGUAAAUCUGUAUCCUAACAUACCCCUCUCUCCAAAUGGCUCUGGCUCACUGCUGCCAAUGACUGGUCAUAAUGAAGGACUCUUGCAGAUUGCACCCCCUCAUCCACAGAUGGCCCCCACACCACCUCCUUCCACUUCAACUCAUACAGGACCUACUCAACAGAAUGGCUAUGUCACACCUAAGCAGAAUCAACAGCAGCCAUCACAGCAGUACCAUAAUAACACACCUACCUGGACAGGCAGCAGCACAACUGCCUACACCCCAGUUGGACCUCAGCAGAAUGGAAGAGGUCAUCAGCAGCCACCUCUGCAUCUUUCAAACCACUUCUGGUCACAGCACCACAACAACCUAUCCUUUCCCCCAGUGUCCACACAUCCAGGCCCAGAAUUCUGGUGCUCGAUUGCCUACUUUGAGAUGGAUGUUCAAGUGGGUGAGAUGUUCAAGGUGCCGGCCAGCUGCCCAGUAGUUACUGUGGAUGGUUAUGUGGACCCUUCUGGUGGAGACCGUUUCUGUUUGGGACAGCUCUCCAAUGUGCACAGGACUGAUGCCAGUGAAAGAGCCAGGUUACACAUUGGGAAGGGGGUGCAGCUGGAGUGUCGUGGAGAGGGUGAUGUGUGGAUGCGCUGUCUCAGUGAUCAUGCUGUUUUUGUUCAGAGUUAUUAUCUUGACCGAGAGGCUGGCCGGGCACCAGGAGAUGCUGUACACAAGAUCUACCCAGGAGCCUAUAUUAAGGUAUUUGAUCUCAGGCAAUGUCACCGACAAAUGCAGCAGCAGGCUGCCCCUGCACAAGCCGCAGCUGCUGCACAAGCUGCUGCAGUGGCAGGAAGCAUACCAGGGCCAGGAAGUGUUGGCGGAAUCGCACCAGCAGUCAGUCUCUCGGCAGCUGCAGGUAUUGGUGUAGAUGACCUGCGUCGUCUUUGUAUUUUACGUCUCAGCUUUGUGAAAGGCUGGGGCCCUGACUAUCCCAGGCAGAGCAUCAAGCACACCCCAUGUUGGAUAGAAGUCCACCUCCAUCGGGCAUUGCAGCUUUUGGAUGAGGUCCUUCACACCAUGCCUAUUUCUGACCCAGGACCAGUAAACUGACGUAAAAAAAAAAUAUGUAGAGGAGUAGUUGAUAUCAAACUUUACCACAUAGCUGGUAGAAGAGGUGGCCAUUACUGACCAUGAGACAAUUCACUUACCAAAGUAGUUGACAGCAUCUUGUGCAACCCAAAGACAUUUCUUUUAUAGUUUCUAGCUAAAGAACCAGACAGCUUGGUAAAUGGUAACACCAAAAAAGUCCCAGGCAGUGACCAGCUACAUACACAAGUCAAAAGUUAUGCUGCACAUGUGUGCAUUCUGAUAAAAAUCAAAACAAUAUCAAAUUCUUGGACAUAACUAUAGCGGUUCUAUUCACUCUUAAAUUUUUCCACAUUAUUGCCUUAGCUAAGGUGUAAGCAACUGCCAGGUUAAUUGGCCAUCUGUGUUAAACUUUAGUGAUUCAAAUUAUUUUACAAUAAAUUUAGCUGUUCCAUUAGGGUACCCCAUGCUGGGUAGUACACUGUAACUCAUGUACUCAAUCAUGAGUAUCUAGAAGUUUUCAGAAACACUUUACCACAGAAGAUCAUGGAAUUAGAAUAAAUAUGUUGUUAGUGGUCUGGAAUGUACUUGGGAACCUCAUCAAGAUAAUUACAUUAUUGUGGAAUAGCUAUUUUACUGCCAAAAUCCUGUCUAAACUAAGUAAUACAUCCAAAUGUGUUGACCAAACGUAAUGGAGACUCAAGAGACCAAUGUCAGCUUUGAAAAACGUACAGAUCUUAAUAUCUAAGACCAAUCAAAAUUGUGGGUGACAAAAUUAUCUCAAGCAGUCUUUAAAUAUGGUCUUACAAAGUAGCCAUUCAAAAAGAAAGCUAAUGUAGAAUCCCAUUUUAAUUAUGCAAAAAGAAAGGAUGAAAUUCCGUUACCACAAGCAGAAACGUUUCAGGAAAUUCUUUCCAGCCUAAGUGUGACUUUUGCAUAAACCUCUGACAGCACUGAACCAUGAAACCACAUACCAACUACAAAGUAUAACAAUAGCAGCAUCACAGUAUGUUGCUCAUUGCCAGAGACAAAAAAGGUAAAGUAAGAGUUCUAGAGGUGUAGACUUUGUGUAGCCAAUGAUAAAUGCACAAGUACACAUCAAUACCUUGUGCCAGAAGGGAGCAUGUGGGCAUAGCACAGUUGUAUUGAGCCUCUGUUUAAUUUAAGUGAGCUUGCCUUCUUAUUUUAAGCUUUGCCAAUGCCAUGGCUCCAGCUGGAAUAUAACCAAAAAGAAAAACUUCAAAUCCAAACAAAGAUUUGCCAAAACUUUUUUCCCUCCUUUCUGAGCCAAAGCCCAUACAAGAUUAAUAACAGUUGGUGCCUUCUUUUAAAGUUUUGUGCAUAGUUUUAAAAAAGCUGAAGUUGGUGUAUGUGUCCUCUCAUCCAGCAUUUCAAAGGUUGGGAUGACAUACAGUUGGAUGGCAUCUUUACACAGCCAGUUGAUGUGUUUUAGAUGUCCAUUUGGGGAAGACAUUUUGUGACACCCCAAUAUGACAGAAUAACCUUUUCUAUACUCAAGUAAGGCAAUAUUAGUUGUGAAAAGUAUUCAGUUCCUGUUUUGGAAAGCUUUAUUGUGUUUUUUUAUUAUUAAGCUUUUUAUUAGGGUAGAAAUCUGUUUGUUAGACGGCUUAAAAGCAAGCUAGUGGAAUUAACUUAACACCAAACAAACGUAACAUUUGAACCCAGAAAUGAAAGAGAGAAGGGAGGUUGGUGAAUUUGCUGUAGAAAGCAGCGUUUAUCCAUCAGAUAGAAAAAAAAAACACUAGUACAAUUGCCAUUUUGAGGUACCUGAUGUCCAACUUGUAACAUUAUUGUAAGUUUUUUUUUUUUUUUCAACUUUAAGAAACCAAAGCUCGUCAAAAUCUUAUUGUGAAACCUUCCUCCCCUGAUCCAGUACUGUUCAUACACUUGCGAUGAUGCUGACGAAUCUGCCUGUUGUGAUUGUUGAUACAUCUUCUUUAUUUUCUUAUUACUCUAUAUAUCUCUGCCCAGUUGCAGAAACAGUCCAUACUGCCAACGGUCACUUAAGCCUACAGUAUUUUGUUUGUGGAAUGUUUGAAAAAGUUUAACUAAGAUCUCCUUUGACUGAUGUAAUGUCAUCUUUUGAGCCCUCCAGAUUCCAAAAGUCAGUAUGUUGAGCGUACUGAAUUUACAAAGGGGUGACACAGUCAUUUCUUGUCAUCUUCUAGUAGUUUCUGGGUUAUAUUGGUUGUAAAACUGCAGGGAGGAUGGUUCAUUUUUGACUGAUUGUUAUUCAGAAGACGGUGUAAACUCCCCAAAAAUGGAGGGGUAAUCCAUUUUUCAUUUCAUUUGAUUUUUUUUUGUUUUGUGUUGUUUUUAGCAGCUCAGAGUCUUGGAAAAAUCCAGGACUUCAUCAGUUACAAAACCUAAACAUCAAGGCAAUGAAAAAAAUAGAGGAUUUUAAUCGUGUCAGACACGAAGCCUCUCGUCAUGGAUUAAUUCAUUCCACUUUAAAAGCUCUUAAUUUUAUGCUGUACCAAGUGUAAUUUUAUUUGAUGGGUAUUUUUUUUAUCUUUUAUUGUAAUUAUUGUUGCAGCUGAAAGAGCUAUGGAUUUGUCUGUGUAGACUACACCAAAGUUAAUAAAAAAUGUUAGCCAUUUU